AUGUUGAAAAACGUCAAAAAAGAUAAACCGUUCCAAUAUCUGGCACAUGUAUCUGCGCGUAAUCCAUUCGAAAUGAUGGUCGCCAUAUUCAUAGCAUGCUCAAUCUCCUAUCUCUACCUCACAAACACGUACAACAAAGGGUUGCAUGACAUGGUAUCCAUUCAUCCCAGUUCCUAUUACCAUAGCAACCACCUAACAAAUCACCAUGGAAACGACGACGACAAGAGUGUCAUUCUCAAGCAGCUGAUAUUACAUCACCAUAAAGACAUGAUGACCAAAGAUGCCCUUCAAUCUGUCCUUUCAUUCCAACAAUUGCUUGCACGAGACAUCUCUGAAUUCUGUUAUCGUAAUGAGGAUAAUAAUUGCGUUAUCAAAAGUCCCUUGAACUUUUGGAAUAACAGCAUUGCCAAAUUAAAUGCAGAUAGAAAUGUCAAGUCAACCAUCAACCAGCAGCAUGAUCAAAGCCACUAUUUCCUGAUGAAUCAUCACAACAAUUAUGCAGAUGCUGUCGUGCUAUCUUUUGUAUUUGAUGGAUCGCAGCAGGAGCGAGUCAAUCAAUGGGAGCACAAUAUUGCUAAAUUGGGUCGUAUCUUUAGCCAUCAAUCAAAACAACCAACCUACAUAGCAAUGGUUUUCGAUCACGCCAAGAGACUAUAUAAGACCUCAAAUCCUGUGGACCUGUUUCUUUUGGCCGGUGGCUAUAUCCUCAUGUCCAUGACCUUGAUCAAUCUCUUUUACAGUCUGCGAAAAGUGGUAGGAUCAUACUGCGUUAUUGGAUCAGCUGUUAUUUUGAAUGGCAUAUGUGCGCUUGUGUUUGGUCUAACUGUCAUGAAGUUAUUGCAAGUCAACAUAACACCCGCCCUGCUACUUGAAUCGCUGCCUUUUCUCGUUAUUGCCAUUGGAUUUGAACGACACAUCAAGUACACGAAAUCGAUCUUGAGUAACACAAACAAUAACAACGACAACUCCGUUUCCAUGAUGCUCGCUUGGGAUUGUUUCACUGAAAUCACCAUCUUUUGUCUUGGUGCCAAAUCUGGUAUUAGCGGGCUCAGGGAGUUUUGCUGGUUGAGUGCUUGUUUAUUGGCAUUUGAUUUUGUCCUCCUUUGCACUUGGUACACAGCCGUAUUGACUUUAAAACUGGAGCUGAAUCGAUUCAAUACUGCAGACGAGAUCAAGCACCAGCCAAGCAACCAGAGUAGUACGUCUGUUUGGCACUGGAUCUUGCAAAAGACGAAGCUGUUCAUGAUUGUAGGCUUUAUAGGAAUGCAUAUCUUUAAAGUUUGCUCCACUUUCCAACAAAAACCUCUUUCAUUCACUACUCUAGAUAAUAGUCAGCCAACUAUCGCAUUUGUAUUAUCUGAACUACUCGAUAAGCAACAACUCGUCAAAGUAUUUCCAAAUCAGUAUUUCUAUGCUGUAAUAUCACCAUCUACUACUACUUUUUCCACAUCCUCUUUAUUUCAACAAUAUCAACUUUAUUACAUUAUGAUCAAGCCCUUUGAGAGCCUAUUCGACAUUUACGCUGUCUAUAUUCAACAUCCCAUUAUAUCCAAAUGGCUGACUAUUGCUCUCUGUGUCUCCCUAUUCCUGAAUACCUAUCUGUUCAAUGUGGCAAAACAACAACCAAAAGUAGUGGUACAAAAAGUUAUUGAAAAGGUCCAAGUACCUGUGCAGGUUCCAGUCGCCAAGAAGGAAAGGAAAAUCUCCUCCUCGUCUCCAUCCGUAGCCAUGGCAACCAAAAAGUCGCAUCAACAUCACCAUCACCAACAGCAGCAGCAGCAGCAUCACCAUUCUGAUAUCGUACGCCCCUUGGAUGAAGUGUUCAGUUUGAUUGGUACUCCUGAGGUAUUGACAGACGAAGAGAUUAUCUCUGUUGUUCAAAGUGGAAAGAUGGCUGCCUACGCGCUUGAAAAGGUAUUGGGUGAUUUUGAACGCGCUGUGCACAUUCGAAGAGCUUUGGUUUCGCGUGAUUCUAUCACAAAGUCGCUGGAAGGUAGCUUGCUUCCUGUCAAGAACUAUCACUAUGACAAGGUAAUGGGUGCAUGUUGUGAAAACGUGAUUGGUUAUAUGCCUAUUCCAGUCGGUGUAGCAGGUCCAUUGAACAUUGAUGGCGAUCUGAUUCAUAUUCCCAUGGCUACUACAGAAGGUUGUUUGGUUGCUUCAGCUGCUCGAGGCUGCAAGGCCAUCAAUGCUGGUGGAGGAGCUACUACUAUCGUUACUGCAGAUGGCAUGACCCGUGGACCCUGUGUUGAAUUCCCAAACAUUCUUCGUGCAGCCGAUUGUAAGCGUUGGAUUGAACAAGAAGGAGAAAAGGUAGUGACCGAGGCAUUCAAUUCUACGUCUCGUUUUGCUCGUGUUCGUAAAUUGAAGGUUGCUCUUGCUGGUCGUUUAAUGUACAUUCGAUUUUCUACCACUACUGGUGACGCUAUGGGUAUGAAUAUGAUCUCAAAGGGCUGUGAAAAGGCAUUAUCCAAGAUUGCAGAGAGAUAUCCUGACAUGCAAAUCAUUUCUCUUUCUGGCAACUACUGUACUGACAAGAAGCCUGCUGCUAUCAAUUGGAUUGAAGGUCGUGGCAAGUCUGUUGUCGCUGAGGCUGUUAUUCCCGGCGCUGUCGUUGAGAAGGUUCUCAAAACCACUGUCGCUGCUCUUGUGGAAUUGAACAUUUCCAAGAAUUUGGUCGGUUCUGCCAUGGCUGGCUCUGUGGGUGGAUUCAAUGCGCAUGCUGCCAACAUUUUGACCGCCAUUUAUCUCGCUACAGGCCAAGAUCCCGCACAAAAUGUCGAGAGUUCUAAUUGUAUUACGUUGAUGAAGGCUGUCAACAACGACAAGGAUCUCAACAUUUCUUGUACUAUGCCCUGUAUUGAGGUGGGCACCAUUGGUGGCGGCACUAUUUUACCCCCUCAACAAGCUAUGCUGGAUUUCCUUGGUGUACGUGGCCCUCAUCCCACUGAGCCUGGAGCCAAUGCUCGCCGUCUUGCUCGUGUUAUCUGUGCCUCUGUGAUGGCUGGUGAGCUUUCUCUCUGUGCUGCUUUAGCCGCAGGACAUUUGGUCAAGGCACAUAUGGCUCAUAAUCGUAACACUGCUUCGGCCGCUACCGCUGCCGCUGCACCCUCUAUUGCCGCUUCCGUCAUUCAGGCUUCUACUCCUCCUGCUACUCCAGUUGAGAAGGAAGAUCCAAUUCCUGGAAGUUGUAUCAAAUCAUAG